GAUGCUUUGGGGCCCUUUAGCCCCCUCCCGUGUAUUGUACAACAGCCCCUCAACCGCCCCGAAUAAACAUCACUUUAAGUGCAAACGACUUGAAGAUACCGCUCCUACUUCCCUUCUGACCACAGGGCCCCCAGGCCCCUCCCAUGCGGAAGUACCCGGCCACACUGCCGGGCAGGCCGGGCUGGGGUCCCCUGCCACCCUUGGGAGUUCAUGUUUGUGUCCCCCUGGGAAUUAUUACUGCCCUUGACCGCAAGGUAUCCCAGCAGUUGAACUGGGAGAGGAGGAGCUGGAAUUGGGGGGGCAGCUUUGUGGGCUCCUCCCAGGUAACCAUGGCAGACCGGGGGUCCGCCGAGAGGGCUUGCAAGGACCCUAACCCCAUCAUCGACGGCCGCAAGGCCAACGUGAACCUGGCGUACUUGGGUGCUAAGCCUCGGAGCCUGCAGCCCGGCUUUGCCGUGGGUGUGCAGCAGCUCCACCCCGCCUUGAUCCAGCGGACCUAUGGGCUGACACCGCACUACAUCUACCCGCCGGCCAUCCUGCAGCCCAGCGUGGUGGUCCCAGCCACCCCUGUCCCCUCGCUGUCCUCGCCCUACAUCGACUACAUGCCCGCCAGCCCUGCCUACGCCCACUACCCGCCAGCCACCUACGACCAGUACCCGUACGCGGCCUCGCCCGCCGCCGCCACCAGCUUCGUGGGAUAUGGCUACCCGGCCGCCGUGCCGCAGGCCCUCUCGGCUGCGGCGCCCGCGGGCACCACCUUUGUGCAGUACCAGCCAACACAGCUGCAGCCUGACAGGAUGCAGUGAGGGCGUGAGGGGCACCAGGGAUGUCCCGAGGGCCAAGGCGGGCAAGCGGCCACGUGUCCAGGUGCAGCCAGGCCCCUGUGCCCCCGGGGACCCUGGGGAGUCCUACCUCGCUGGGAAGCCGGAGAGACUUUCUCCAGCUCUAGGACCCAUGAGGUCUCGAGGGAGUGCUUAAGAAAAGAAUGACUGAGGCUAUUUAAAGAUGCAACCCAAAAUUCCUCGCACACAUGGCAGCCUCCUUCCUGCACCUCACCCUGCCCCCUCUGCACUCCGGCACCCGCGACAUCCCUGCCACGUCCCCACCAAGGCCGCCAGACCCUCCGCAGACCCAAACUCAGCGGUGCCUUACUUGAGGGAAACCUAACAGAGAAGCUGGUGAUGAUGUAUUGUCACCCGCACAAGCCCUGAGCCGCAGCCAGAGAUGUGCGGGGACAAGUUACUCAUUUUCUACAGGAUUGUGAGGGGAGGCUUCCUCGAGCCCCUGGGCCACCCAGGUGCCAAGGGCCACCAGCUUCAGGGGGCCGGCUGGAUGCCCCUGUCAGUUGAAGCGCUGUAACUUUUUUUCUUACCGUAAUUAUUUUGCUAUUAAGAUGAUUUCAGAUUUUCAGUCUAUUUUUUAAACGGAGACUCCCACCAACAAGGAUCCAAAACCAGUUUUUGACUUCGAGAGAUUCGCUUUGGUUGCUGGCCCCGCCCAAGGAGACAGUGACCGGAUUUCUGCGUGACAAAGUGUCUGCUGGCCGGAGAGCUGGAGCCCCCAGCCCCCCGGUGGGGUGGGCAUCACUGAGGUGGUCCCUGUGUGUCCCGGACGUGGGGGCGCAGCUGCGUGGUGACGCCUGCCUCCGUGCGAGCACAGUGCGCCCUCCCUGGAGGCGGUCGCUGUUUCAGAGGGUCUUCGCUGUGAUGCUUGUCACCCGGCUGCCCGUGUCCACUGCGUGGAAGGGCAGAAGGAAGUGGGGCCCUCCCUGAAUGCUGGCUGAGGAUCUAGAGCAGGCCAUCCCCCGGCAGCAGGGUG